AUGUUGCGUCGCCUGACCUUCCGUUCCAUUAAGACGACGACGACUCGCAAUUUUGCGUCCACGUCGGAAUUAUACAAGAAUCCACGCAGUUCUAAGUUUUCCAUGACUAAAAUCGUGGCUACUAUUGGUCCCGUGUCCGAUCAGCUCGACAUGCUCCAGCAGCUCACAAACGAAGGAUUGCGCAUCAUGCGCAUCAACUUUUCUCAUGCCGAGUAUGACGAAGCACUUGUUCGAAUCAACAAUCUUCGCGCCUGUGAGGGCGUACACGCCCAAGGCCAAUCUAAUUUUAAUUUACGUGCCGUAUUGCACGACACCAAGGGCCCCGAGAUUCGUACGGGCAAGAUGCUGGAUAGCAAGAAAAUUACACUUCGCAAGGGUAAACAGGUGGUCUUGACAACCGACCCCAAGUUUGAACUCACGGGCACGGCUGACAAGUUUUAUGUUACGUACAAGCAGCUUGCAGAGACCGUCAAAGUUGGUGACACGGUGUUGUUGUCGGAUGGUUUAAUCCGACUCACGUGCACAGCUGUCAGUAAGGGGGAAAUCACGUGCGAGAUUGAAAACACCGAGGAGAUUGGAAAUCGCAAGGGUGUGAACCUUCCUGGACUGAUUGUAGACCUUCCAGCCUUGUCCGAAAAAGACAAGCGCGAUCUUGACUGGGGUGUAAAGCAAGACAUUGAUUUCAUCGCAGCGUCCUUUAUUCGUAAAGCUAGCGACGUGAACGAGAUCCGCUCGUACGUGGAUGAGUGCGUCAAGAAACAUUGGGCACACGAACCAAACUACAUCGCUCCAAAGAUCAUUUCCAAGGUGGAGAACUUGGAGGGUGUUCAGAACUUUGAGGAGAUUCUGGACGCCUCAGACGGAAUCAUGUGUGCACGUGGCGAUCUGGGAGUUGAAGUGCCUGUCCAGAAAGUGCUGACCUACCAGAAAAUGAUGGUAGACCGGUGCAAUGCCGUCGGUAAGCCUGUGAUCGUGGCCACACAGAUGCUCGAGUCUAUGCAGACCAACCCUCGCCCCACGCGUGCUGAGGUCUCGGAUGUCGGCAAUGCCGUCCUGGACGGUGCUGACUGCGUCAUGCUCAGCGGUGAGACUGCUCAAGGCAAAUACCCGAUCGAAUCUGUGAGUACCAUGAACACGGUGAUCAAGGAGGCCGAUGAGCUGCUGUUGCAGCCGACCUACCGUGCCAAGUUCCAGUUUGACCCGCCGACCUCGGACGUCGAGUCUGCUGUGUCGUCAGCUGUCAAGACUGCUAACGAGAUGCACGCACAACUCAUGAUUGUUCUGACCCGCACGGGUUACACGGCCCGCAAGGUCGCCAAGUACAAGCCCACUGUGCCGGUCAUGUGCUUCACCACUGAUAUGAAGGUCGGCCGUCAGCUUCAGAUCCACCGUGGUCUGUAUCCAGUCGUCCCCGACUCUCUUGACCAGGCGCCGACUACUGCCGAGGCUAUUGCUCACGCCAAGAAAAUGGGGUGGCUCUCUUCGGGCGACCGCGUCGUUGUGAUCAGCGGUGACAAGUUAUCAGACGACCUUGGCCGGGAAAUUCUCAUUAGCGUGGCUGACGUCCGGUAA